AUGACGGCUCUUGUCAUUCGAUUUGCUGUGUUCGCGCAGGCAGCACUAUGCACCUCUAUUCUCGCAAAUCUAGCAUUGCAAAAAUCUCAUGUUACACUGCCGAACUUUGUGUCGAUGGCUCUUUUGCAGUAUCAGAACAAUGGACCACACCAACUUGUCGUGGAUUUUUUUGAUUCCUGCAAGAGGGGGAAGGCUGUGAUCGUCGGGCUUCUAGCAGUAUUUCUCCUGUUAACGAUCAGUGUUAUGCAAUUCACAACAAUUCUGUUAUCUGACUUGCAAAUCAGCCCGAGAGCAGGCUUGGUGCGGAACACGUCAAUUCCAUCCACUCUGGACUGGGAUGCUGGUAUCUCUUCUCAAGCAACUUGGUUCGGAGAAGGGUACAUGCUCCUGCCGCCAGCCCGGUAUCCCGCUUUCGCCGAAUACUCGGAAGUUGGGGAGGUUCGUAAAGCGAUUGAAGUUGUGUGCGAUACGGAGGUUGUAAUGCGGGCGUUCAUUGCGAUAUUGCAAAAGAGCUCGCAGGAGAUGCUGCAGAGUGACGAGGGUAAAGCCACUGUUCUGGACUCUCGUGUCGUCUGUGGACACCCUGUAGUCAAAUAA